AUGAGACUACCAGUGAAAUCCAUUUUGAGAUUUAAGUGCGUGUGCAAAUCAUGGCGUCGCCUAUUGGAUGACAUAAACUUCUGCAAGAGGCACUGUGAUGCACAGAAGAAGAGUAAUAAUCCGAUUAAGAUUCUUGCUUGUAAGGGAAACGUUCUGUAUUCCAUAGAUGCUUAUAAGUAUAACUCAAUACUAUCUGGGGCUGUUGAGAUUGUCGAUUACCCUUUCUACAAUAAAAAGAAGUAUAAUAAGAAGUAUGAGGCUGCCCUCGGUAUUCUGGGUUCUUGUAGUGGCUUAGUUUGCAUACGUCCACAGCCAAACCUAAUUUGCUUUUGGAAUCCGUCUACUAAACAACACAAGAUUGUACACAAGCUACAACUGGUUCAUGAAAAUCAACAACCCCAAACACCACUCUCCUGGUGUAUAUAUGGAUUCGGUUAUGACCCCAAGACUCAGGAUUACAAGUUGGUCAUGUUUGAAAGCUUUAUUGAUAGAACUCGUGGCACUCAAAUCAAGGUCUAUUCAUUAGCAUCAAAUUCAUGGGGUACUGCUCUGCAUAACAUUCCUUAUAGAAUCCCUUGCCGAUCACAGCCAACACCAUUGUACUUCAACGGAGCUCUUCAUUGGUUAACAGACGAGUCCAAAGUUUUAAUUUCUUUUGAUCUUGGAGACGAGACAAUCCGUGAAGUUCGGGGGCCAAUUGGGAAUAACUUUAUCAAUGACAACAGCUAUCGCAAAUAUGUAGACGUGUUGGGAGGGUGUCUUUGCAUCACAUGUAUCAUCCCGGGGGUUCGCGGAGAUGUAUGGGUUAUGAAGGAGUAUGGAGUGACAGAAUCUUGGUCUAAAGAAUUCACCGUUCCUCAGCGAGCAAUAAAUUUUGCCCACUUCAGGCCGUUGGAGUAUGUACGAAAUGGAGAACAAUUUCUGCUAAGUGUUCGAUUACGAAAUACAAGUAGCAGCAAUGUCUUAGUUUGCUAUAAUCCAAAGCGUAAUAGGGCAGAAACUCUAAAGAUCCAUAACAGUACUGACCCGAAAUGGUUGUUUGCCUAUAUUUAUGAGGAGAGUUUAUUUUCUGCAUGCUGUAAGCAGAAUUCAGUUGGUAUUCUCCAUUUUUUGGAGGAUGAUCUAGUCAAACAAGAAGAAGCAUUGAUGUCAAAACAUGAUCACAAAAGAAGAAAGAUUGCAAGUUGA